AUGGAAGUAGUACACAAGAGUAACAACCUUGAAAGAUUUUAUUUACUUAAUGUGAUAUUGUAUUUGAACAAAAGGGAAACUAUAUUGAAGUUCAUUUUAAUUAACAAAAAAUGUCUCCAGUCGUGUCAAGACUUGUAUACUAACCCAAAUAUCAAAGACUCGUUUGAAGACUUGUAUUUUACUAUUGCGCUGUUCAAGAAAAUUAAUACACUGAAUUUUGAUAUCAAACAAGUUGAAUAUAUAUCAGACUUGAUAAGUAAACAUCUAACAAAAGCAAAAGAAGUGUUCGAAUCAAUAAAAAUGUCAAAUUUAAAAGUUACGAUUGAUCAUUGGAACAAUGAAAUGUACGAGUGGUGCAAAGGGGUUGUUGGUAAUUUCAAAGAGAUUACACUGUUAAACACUUAUAUCGAGUCUCCUUUGUCAAUAACACUUUCUAAUUUAAUAGGGCAAAUGAUGACUCUCCACAAAGUAGUUUUCUCAAAGUUUUUUAUAAAGAAAAUGUUUCUUGAAAAAGUCUGCCAACAAGUCAAAAUCGUCGUUUUAAAAUUUGAAUCAUCAUUUCGAACACUUUAUAGUAACAUAGAAUAUUUAAAAGUAUCAAAAGAAACGACAAUUAUUUUCUCAAUGAAAACUAUACGACCAGAUGACUUGAAGAUCAUACACCAAAUCAAAGAAGACUUAUAUAACCAAAACAAAGUUGUUGUUUUCUGUGAAAUAGCUUUAGUGCCACUAACAGAUAUUUUGUCUCAAAAAGUUCUAUUACUUCAAAAAAACCAAUUAUGUGAAAUUUCAUAUAACCAAGUUGAUACCCCUUUGUUUCAAAAGGUGGUGGAUUUGUACGCAUUAAAUCAAAUACUAUGUGAUGGUAUUCAAUGCCCCAAAACUUACAUAUUUCAUACACAACCAAAAUCACAGCUUAAAGGGAUUUUACAACUCAACUUAUAUGCUUUUACAUUACUUCUUCAUUUGGAGGAUUUUAUAUCAAACAGUCUGCACACUCUUAAUGUUCAACGAGUGGCUUUGUUACCAAAAGUUGAUUUAGAAACAUUCAGACUCAUAGAAAUCAAUUUCACUGCGUGUGACUUUGAGGUAAUUAAAGUCCCAAAGACUCUAAAAAUAAUAAAAAUACAAGACAACCAAUUGUUGAGUAAAAUUGAAGGACUUGACAUACUAGAGUUGGACAUUAUUUACUUAACAUAUUGCCCUAGUAUACAAGAAGUCUUUUUCAAAAAAGCAACCACUAUAACUUUCAUUGAAUGUGGAAUAGAGCAUAUAAACGAAGAGUCAAUUCUGAACUCAAAAGAAGUUGUUAUUAACAAUUGUAAAUACAAAGAUGAACUUGGUUUCGAUUUGAAAGAACAACCAAGUAACUGUGUUCUUAAUUAA